GCCAGCAGCACAGAUGCCCUUCUCUGACACGAGGAUAAUCUGCUGCUGUCGCGACCCUUGAGAGUCCAGCUCUGCCAUUCCUCCAUCAGCACUGAUACAACAGCACUUCUGUUGCCGCUGGACACCCAGACUGAAGUUCUGCUCAACAGCUGGAGAUUAUGUCCAGUGGACUUUUAAAGGAGGAGCCCAUUCAUGAACUCUCUGACUGUGGUGUGGAGCAGAAGCUGUUCUAGCGUGCUGAAGAUCGUGCUCUUUUAAACGGGACGGGACUCUGAGAGAGAGGUCAUGGCUGGAUGUUGCAUGUCUGCGGAGGAGAAGGAACGGCAGAGGAUAAAUCAGGAGAUAGAAAAACAACUGAGGAAAGACAAGAAGGACUCCCGUAGAGAACUCAAACUACUGCUGCUGGGUACAGGUGAGAGUGGCAAGAGUACAUUCAUUAAACAGAUGAGGAUCAUUCAUGGCUCGGGUUAUACUGAUGAAGAUAAGAAGGGCUUCAUUAAGCUCGUCCACCAGAACGUGAUCAGCGCCAUGCAGUCCAUGGUCAGAGCAAUGGACAUGCUGAAGAUCGCAUAUGCUAACUCAGACAACCAGGCUAAUGGUACACUGGUGAAUGAUAUUGAGGUGGAUAAGAUCAUGAGUUUGGACGAGGCCCAAGUCAACGCCAUCCGGAGUCUAUGGAACGACACUGGGAUUCAGGAAUGCUACGACCGCCGUCGAGAGUACCAGCUAACUGACUCAGCCAAAUACUACCUGAGUGAUCUGGAUCGGAUUUCAGACGCUGCGUACGUCCCCACAGAGCAGGACAUUCUGAGAGUCAGGGUUCCCACCACAGGUAUCAUCGAGUAUCCCUUCGACCUGGAGAACGUCAUCUUCAGGAUGGUGGACGUUGGGGGUCAGCGAUCCGAGCGCAGGAAGUGGAUUCACUGCUUUGAGAACGUCACCUCCAUCAUCUUCCUGGUGGCUCUCAGUGAGUACGACCAGGUCCUGGCUGAAUGUGACAAUGAGAAUCGGAUGGAAGAGAGUAAAGCUUUGUUUAAAACCAUCAUCACAUAUCCUUGGUUCCAGCAGUCGUCUGUAAUUCUCUUUCUUAAUAAGACAGACAUCCUGAAGGAGAAGAUUGUGUACUCUCACCUGGCCACCUACUUCCCAGAAUUCACAGGCCCCAAAAAUGAUCCAAAGUCAGCCCAGGAGUUUAUUCUUAAGAUGUACCAGGAGGAAAACGAAGACAAAGACAAAACCAUCUACUCUCACUUCACUUGUGCCACAGACACCGAGAACAUCCGCUUGAUCUUCGCAGCUGUGAAAGACACCAUCCUUAGACACAAUCUCAAAGAGUUCAACCUGGUUUAAAAUCUACAACUAGUCCUCAUCCUGGAGGACAAUCCUGGUCCUGCUCUCUUCUGUUGAGUAGAUUUAGCUCUCACAUUAGCUUAACAUUGUUCUUUUGUUGACUGAGGACUUAUAUAAGGAAGUAUCUAGGAGAAUGGCCUAAUGGAUUAGAUGUGGACUGGGUUCCUGAAAACAAGCCUUGAUCUACCAUUACAAGGAUGAACCUUCUUUUCAUUCGUGUUUAGGUCCUCUGAUAAAUGGGUAGGUUUUUUGUUCUUUAUGUGAGUAGAGUUUACAAGGGAUGCUACUUAGGAGGUUUUAAGGCACAUGUAAAAAAUGUUUUCCUGAUGUAAUAGAUCAAAGUCUUGAAGACUCCUUGAAGCGUUUAAAGGCAAAAAAGAUGGAGAAGUUUACAUUUUGAUGUAAAAACGUAGAUUUUUUUUUUUUUUUUUAACAAACAUGCUAUGAAGUUGCCUUAUGUUGCUGUUAUGCAAACCUGAAUCAUGAUAACGCAUUUGUAGA